UAAAUAUGAAGCAAAAAAUAUUUUUCUGUUUAUACUAACCGAAACACUUUGACCAGAGCAAUUAAUGUUUAAUUAUAUUAUUUGUUCUAAGAAAAAUGAAGUUUUUCGUAUUAGUUAUCUUCGUACUGUUUAAGCCAGGAUUCGGAUAUUUUCCGAAAUUCGAAAUUCCUAAAAUCAUACCUGAUAUAGUUCCAGAAGUUGUUGAUAAAAUCAAUCCGUUAAAUUUACUUUUUUUCAACAAGUGUAUUGAAGAUUUGGGAUGUUUCCACACGGGACCACCUUUCUACCAUGCUAGCGUCCGCCCCAUUACGCUCCCACCACAAGAACCAUUAACCAAAUUUCAACUUUAUACUCCAGACAAUCCUGAUGAGCAGUACAAUCUGACUAUCGACAUCGAAUCCUUGAGAAAUUCACCUUUCAAUCCAGACUUGCCAACAAAAUUCAUAAUUCAUGGAUUCAGAUCGGAUGUUAGAGAUCUUAACGAUAUCAGACAUGAAAUCAAGCAAGCAUUGUUAAAACAGGGACAAUACAAUGUAAUCAUCGUAGAUUGGACUGAAAACAAUGGUUUUCCUUACGCACAAGCUGCUUCCAAUACNAAUAAUACUGGAAUCGAACCUCAAACUGUACAUGUGAUUGGUCAUAGCUUGGGAGGACAAAUUGCCGGAUAUGUCGGAGAGCGUGUACCCAAUUUGGGAAGAAUCACAGGAUUGGACCCAGCUGGACCUUUCUUUCAAGGACUUCAUACAUCAGUAAGACUUGAUACAACCGAUGCCCUUUUUGUCGAUGUCAUUCACUCGGAUGGAGGAGAAUAUGUCUUGAAUGGAUUGGGAACAAGCGCACCUAUCGGCCACAUUGAUUUCUAUCCCAAUGGCGGUAGACGACAACCAGGUUGCUUUUAUGCUUCUGAAAGUGAAAACAUUGUUGGAGCAACUGUCAACUUUACUACGAAAUGGCUUUCGAAUUCUUGCGAUCAUGGAAGGGCGAAUGAAUAUUUCUUGGAGAGCAUCAACAACAGCAACUGCAAGUUCUUGGCUGUCCAAUGCAGCUCCUACAAAGAUUUCGAGAAGGGUCUUUGCUCGCCAAAUAAUUCAACAAUCAAUGAAAUGGGUUUCCACGCUGUGCAGUUACCAAACUUGGAUUUGCCUGCUAAGUUUUAUUUGAGAACCAACGCCUCUUCACCUUACUGUAUUGAAGACAGCAUUCUUUUGUGAAUCCCUUAGCUUCUUGCAGUUUUUAACAAUGUUUUUUCCCCCAUCUUCUGUGUAUUUUACUGUAUUUUUAAAUAAACUAAAGCAAUUUGAAGGAAUAAAUCUUGUAAAAAAGAGCUGUUUGCAAAAAUUUUUGAAUUAAUAUGAAAUCACAUUAUUUUUUGUUAAAUUUUUGGAGAACAACUCAUUUUUGUCUUACUACUUCAUUAAAAAUAGUAUUCUUUUGCGUA